GUAAGCUAAAGAAUUAAAAUGGCCCCUACCACCAAGACGAUUGUGAAGUCUACGAAGAGUUCUGGCGCGAGUAACUUUGGUUCCUCUAAGGCUAUUGGUAUUGAGCUGACUCCCUACAACGUGCUUAUGACCAGCGUUGUGUUUGUAGUUGGUGUUGUUGUGAUGCACCUCCUGCACAGACUCUUUUAAGGAGUAACGGGUUAAUGAGCCAGUCCAUAUGGGUUGUGGUUAUAUCAAAAUUGAAUUGUGACCUUUUGCUAUGUUUGUUCGAAAAGUGUUUGGGAGGCCGUAGUCUCGUUGGCCAAGUAGUCCUGCGAUAUGUGUAACGUGUAUUAAUAGUGUUUCUCAUGUAGAUUGACAUUGGUCUUGUUUCUGUGAAUCAAAAAACGAAGGAUGGAUUCUGAUUUGACGAAUUGUAUUCCAGAAACAAUCCGGAUACAUUGUGUCCGCUUUGGAGUACUUACGUCAUUCAAACCACUUUGCAUGAUAAUCAUGGUAAUUCAAUACUGUGCUUUUGGAUUCAUCGGUCAUUAUUAUUUUUCAUAUUUGACAAAAAUGCAAGAUAAAGCGGUUACCAUCAACGAAGUGAAUCCUAAAUUGCUCGAGGCUCAAUACGCCGUUCGAGGCCAAAUCGUAGUGCGCGCUGGAGAGAUCGAGGAGGAGAUCAAAAGUGGAAAGAAGUAUCCUUUCGAUUCUCUCGUUUACUGCAACAUUGGUAACCCUCAGCAACUGAACCAGAAACCUCUUACAUUUGUUCGUCAAGUACUUGCGCUUACAUCCUAUCCGGGCCUUGAAAAGAUUGUCCCGGAAGGAACCUUCCCCUCCGAUGUGGUGGAGCGUGCUCACCGUUUACUCAAAUCCAAUCCCGGAGGCAGUGGCGCUUACAGCAACAGUCAGGGUAUUCCCGAGGUCUUGAAGGACGUCGCGGAUGCGAUUGGCCGUCGUGACGGCUACCCCUGCAAUCCGAAGGAGAUCUACCUUUCGAACGGCGCUUCGCAGUCGGUGCAGAACGCCUUGAUGCUGCUUUCGACCUCCCCGAACGACGGCUUCCUCACGCCCAUCCCGCAGUACCCUCUCUACUCUGCGACGAUCACGCUGUACGGCACGAAACUGAUCGGGUAUUAUCUGAACGAGGAGAAGGACUGGGGUCUGGACAUGAACGAGCUGGAAACGCGUUUGGAGGAGGCCAAGGCGAAGGGAAUCAAUCUGAAGGGAAUGGUGAUCAUCAACCCCGGCAAUCCGACCGGCAUGUGCUUGGGCGAGGAGGAAAUGCGCGAGUGCAUUCGCUUCUGCAUCCGGAACAAGCUCGUGCUGCUGGCCGAUGAAGUCUACCAGGAGAACAUCUAUGUGCCCCACAAGAAGUUCGUGUCGUUCCGCAAAGUCGCGCUGGACAUGGGCGAGGAGGCCAAGAACGCGCAGAUCAUCUCCUUCCACAGCAUCAGCAAGGGGUUCUUCGGCGAGUGCGGCCGUCGCGGCGGCUACCUGCAGGCGAUGGGCUUCGACCCCGAGGUGUUCGCGCAGAUCACCAAGAUGUGGUCGAUCAAUCUGUGCGCCAACACGGACGGCCAGAUCGCUCUGGACUGCAUGGUGAACCCUCCGCGCGAGGGCGACCCCUCCUACCCGCUCUACAUCGAGGAGAAGUCCGCCAUCCUCGCCUCCCUGCAGCGCCGCGCGGUGAAGCUGGUGGCCGCGCUGUCGAAGCUGCCCGGCAUCACGUGCAACCAGGUCGACGGCUCGCUCUACAUCUUCUUCAAGGUCGUGCUGCCCAAGAAGGCCGUCGAGGCCGCGAAGCAGCGCGGCGUGGCGCCUGACUUUUUGUACUGCGAGGAGAUGCUGCAGCAGACGGGUAUCGUGACGGUGCCCGGAAGCGGGUUCCAGCAGAAGGACGGAACGUACCACGUGCGGACGACGAUUCUGCCGCAGGAGAGCGAGAUCGAUAAGGUGAUCGAGCGUAUGGACGGCUUCCAGCAUGCGUUCAUGAAGAAAUAUGAGGAUUAA